UUUAUCUAGAUUUUCUACAAGACUGCUCAUCACUUUUAAAAUAAUAUUGGAGCUUUCCAUGAAAGAUUAUGUAAAUUCUGAAACGUAUAUACUAUUCAUCAUAAUUAAACAAAAUGUACCUUCUUAUUAACAUUAUAAAUUUAAUUCAUUUGCGUUUACCUACAACAGAAACAAACUAUUUCAGUACAGUACCGUAGAAGCUAUAAACAAACCAAAAAAACAUUAACAGAAGGACUGCGCUUGUGUCUUUUCUCUUUUCAAUCUCCCACACGUCAUGUUCUUUUUUUUAAAAUACGUUUAUCCGUGACCAUAAUCACAUUCUUGUGACAUUGCCGUUGCGUGAGCUCACAGAGUCACGUUUCCAUUUAGCGCAUUUUCUCCGCGUCGCUUGCGUGAGCGUUCCUGCCCUGCGCAGGCAAUCCCGACAUCUCGGCAGCAGACAGCAGAUGAAAUGGUUUGGCCCUGAGGGUUACAGGAAGUUGGAGCAGCUGCCAUGUUUAGCUGCUUUGUUGUAGAUUUCUUGUAGGUUUCCUGCAGAUUUUUAAGUGUUGCAAUGGAGCCGAGCUGGAGUUCAUUUUUAUUUCAGCAAGCGAAUGAAGCCCUCCACCACCAGCAUCAGGUGGGCCAGAACAGCCUCCUACCAUUGCUCAACUCGGGGUCUGAGCCGCAAGACCAGAAGCCUGUGCUCCCCAUCCCACUGGAUCAGAAGCCCCCGGUCAGUGCUGCCGAGCUCCUCAAGGACAAUGUUGCCAGUGGGGCGGGUGGUGGUGGGGGCGGAGGAGGGGGCGGAGGGGGCCCAGUGGUGGUUAAGAAAGAGCCCAAGUCCAAGACCCCCUUCAUCUGCGGCUACUGCAACAAAGCGUUUCGGGACAGCUAUCACCUGCGGCGGCAUGAGUCCUGUCACACGGGCAUCAAGAUGGUGUCGCGGCCCAAGAAAGCACCCACUGCGCCCACCAUGGUGCCGCUCAUCUCCACGGUGCCGCGUGACAGCAACGGCAACCCCUCGUACGUGUCCACGGUGGCGGGCAUCCUCACGACGGCCACCACGUCUGCCUCGGCGGGGGUUGGGGUGAUGUCUGCCCUGCCCCAACAGCAGCAAGCCAGCGUGCCCAAGAAGCCACCUAAACCUGUGAAGAAGAACCACGGGUGCGAGAUGUGCGGCAAGGCCUUCCGCGAUGUCUACCACCUCAACCGGCACAAGCUGUCGCACUCGGACGAGAAGCCGUUCGAGUGUCCCAUCUGCCACCAGCGCUUCAAGCGGAAGGACCGGAUGACGUACCACGUGCGCUCGCAUGACGGCGGCGUGCACAAGCCGUACGUCUGCUCCGUCUGCGGGAAGGGCUUCUCCAGGCCGGAUCAUCUCAGCUGUCAUGUAAAGCAUGUUCACUCCACAGAGAGACCUUUCAAAUGCCAAGUAACGGCCUGCACGUCCGCUUUCGCCACCAAAGACCGCCUGCGCUCACACAUGAUCCGCCAUGAGGGCAAGGUUACCUGCAACAUCUGCGGCAAGAUGCUGAGCGCCGCCUACAUCACCAGCCACCUGAAGACCCACAACCAGGCCGGUUUCACCUCACCCUGCAACAAAGACACUAACAACGUGUGCAACUCCGCCUCAGCCACCCCUGUCACCGUAACGGCCGCAGCCAGCACCGCGAGCAUGAACCGCGGCACGGCCAGCAACGCCGUCACCAUCGCCUCCAACACAGUGAACAUCACGGCUCCUGUCAGCCUGCAGCACCCGGUCACCAUAACCGCUCCGGUGAACAUCGCCUCGGUCAACAUCCCCGCCACGGCGCCCAUGAACAUCGCCCACCCAGUGGCAAUCACCACGCCCAUGCCCAUGAACAUCGCCGGGCCACUCAACAUCGCCAUGAGGCCCAUGGAGAGUAUGCCUUUCCUCUCCCAGGUCCUGCCCUCCUCACCGCCCUGGUAGAAGCUAUCGACCCCUGACGUGCAUCACUCUCUCUCCCACCCAAAAUUGUUUUAUUUCGAAGCCUCGUCACCAGUUCUGGUCUUCCUUUGGUAGCAUGGUUCCUGUAUAAGGAAAAGGCAUGGAAGGCGGCAACCUAGAAGCUAUGAGCUAGCAUGACCAGACCGUAGCAGUGGCAGAUGAGCUGUGAGUGUGAGUGUGUGGUGUCCUGUUUCUCUUCCUUAUGGCUGUAGGGUAAGCAGAUCCAGGUUGUUUAGAGUUUAGUGAAGUAGUUUAAGAAAGGAAAAAAGUAGGUAAUGCAUGGAGUGGGGGCCUGACAUGCUGUAUGUUUGGUGAUUUUCACUUUGCUAGUGCCAGAAAAUCUCUGCCAGUAGCCAUUUGAAGAGGAGCAAGUAGCUCCAUCAAAUAGUGUGACUGGUAAUAACGGUUUUGAACUGUGAGGACUUUAUUUUUGUUAUUUUAGCUUGCUAAUCAGUAUUUCCUAGGUUUAUGCAUUGAGUCUUGUACUACAAAAGGGAGACACUUCCAUUUGUGGAAGACGAUUAUUAUUUUUUUUAAAUAAUACUGUUGACAAACUGUUUUGAGGUUAUUCUGGUUUUACCUUCAGUGUAAGCCACUUACAAAUGUAGCUGUUAUUCUAGUUAAGUCAUUUUUGGAGAUGGUCAUUCCUGGUAGAAAAAAAAAAUACUGUUUUGAAUAGCUGGGAUGUACUUCUGCUUAGUGGGUGUUGGAAAUAACAGUAGCGAUUUGACACACAUCUUGCACUGAAAACAUAUCUGAUUGGCAGUAUUAUGAGAGAAAAUGUUUUCAUAUCUUGAGCUUCUUUGUUUAGAUGUCAGGCCAUGUACUGGCCAUAUUCCCUGAAAGUGGUCCCUGAGAUCUUAAAAGAUUGAUAAUCUUCUGUACUCUUCUCUCCUGUCAGGAUGAGGGGCUGUAUUCCUAUGGACCUUUGCUCAGGGUCUUUGCUGAGAGAAUCCUACUCAUUUGACACUCAUGUUGGUAGAAUCUUGCCUAACACUCUUCAGAACGUGGCUUUUGGGGGGGGGGGGGGGUUGUUGUUGUUGUUUUUGCUUAUUUAAUACACUAAACCAUUGCCUCCUUAUUGUCUGAAACUUUGAAGUCCCAUAUAGGUCCCAUUAGUCUGUUAAAGUUGCUGUCCGUUACAUGGGUCGAAGAUGAAUCUGGUUAAAUUUAUUAGGUUUUAGGUCCGUGUGUAUGCCUGUUUUAUUUUAUUUUUUUCUUUUUAACAGUUAAACCAAAACUGCCAUCGUUUUUCAGGUUUGUUGACCUGGUUUUUAUCCAUGAUGCUCAUUUCUGCUCCAAAUGACUAUAGGAGGUUAGGAACUAUAGGAAGUAAUGAACCAAGGCAAAGUAUUUCAUCCAUUAUGGAUGGCAAAAGCAAUAUCAAGAUUAAACUGCUAAUCCAUUCCAUUGUCUUCUGAUCAGUUAGAGGGGUGGGUGGUAUAUAUAUAUAUAUUUUUUUUUAAUAACUUGGCCUUCUUAUCCUCAUUGAUCUGAUAGUAAAUUGUGCAUUUAUACAGUAUCAGUACACAUUUAUGUUUAAAACUGGAAGCAAGAUUUAGCUAAAUAUAGUUAUUUGUUGAUCAGAGACUUAAUGGAUGGAUGCGGGGGGUGGGGGACAGAUUUGACUGUGAGUUUAAACCAAGCCUAAGUGUUACCGGAUGUUUGGUUGUUUUGCUACGAAAGGGUCUCCCCAUUUGACCUCAGAGUAGCAUUUCCAUGCAUUGCAUGAACGUCUGUAGGAACGUAGCACCUGAAAUUAUUUCUUUAUGCCUGUCUUAUCUGUGUGUGUGUGUGUGUGUGUGUGUGUGUGUGUGUGUGUGUGUGUGUGUGUGUGUGUGUGUGUGUGUGUGUGUGUGUGUGUGUGUGUGUGUGUGUGUUCAAGAGCCAUCUUGUUUUGGCUGAGCUUUGAAAACUGGAAUUUGAAGAUUGAUGUGACUGGUUAAAGACAUUAGAGAACAUUUGGCUUUGGAGUGUGCUUGUACUUAACAUUCAUCCUGCCACAGUGACAUCUUUCUGUGCCUGAUCUGAAAAUGCCACAUCGGAACAUGUCAACUGUCCAGUUUACCACAUUUGUUUGAAGAUUUUUUUUUUUUUUUACAUCGGUUUUGCUUUGGAGAAUGUCAUGUGUGAGGAAAUAUGAAAUUGUCAUUAGGCUUUUCCUAAAUAUUGUUUUGAGUGUUUUAUUAUGCCUUAUGCACCAACAGUAUCUUUUAAAUGAACUUGUUUGAAUAGUGAGGGGGAAAAUAUUUUCAGUUUUGCAUCAGAGAAUGAAACUAGUUCAGUCCUUUUAAAAUUUUGAUGAAUUGGCAAAACCACAUGAAUGCCAGUGAAUGUAUAUCUUUGUAUAAAACAUUUAGCUCAGCGGAUGUGGUAGUUAUGUUAGACAUGUGCAAGGAAAAAAAUUAAAUAACCUUUUAUAAAACUUUUUGUAUUAGAACAUUAACAUUGAUAAUUUUGUAUAUAUGAAGACUAGGCUUUUUUGGUUAGCAGAAAGGUAAAACAUUCCUACAUUUUUUAAAUGUAUGUAUGUCAAGAACAAUUAUGUAAACACAAUGUUUUAUGUGCCUUUUAUUUGGGUUGUCUAAAUAAAAGAAAACUGUAAAACAUUUAGGUAAUCCUUGAAUAUUAAUCUGAACUCCUGGGCUGUAGUCUUCUUACAGAUCGAUAGUGUGGUCUGGCUGGCUCACUGAUUUUACAGAGUGCACAUUUUUACUAAGUUCAUAUUGAAAGUGGUUAUAAUAAAU